GUUGAGAGCGGCGGGGGGCGGAGUCCAAAGGAGGUCAGAGGUCGAGCGGAAGCUGGGGCUACAUCCGGCGGCCUGCCUGAGACAAGGCGAUGGCCAAACAUCACCCGGAUUUGAUUUUCUGCCGCAAGCAGGCCGGCGUCGCCAUCGGGAGGUUGUGUGAGAAAUGCGAUGGCAAGUGUGUGAUCUGUGACUCCUAUGUCCGUCCCUGCACGCUGGUCCGGAUAUGUGAUGAGUGUAACUACGGCUCAUACCAGGGCCGCUGUGUGAUCUGUGGGGGCCCUGGAGUGUCUGAUGCCUAUUACUGCAAAGAGUGUACCAUCCAGGAGAAAGAUCGAGAUGGUUGCCCAAAGAUUGUCAACCUGGGGAGCUCCAAGACUGACCUCUUCUAUGAACGAAAGAAGUACGGCUUUAAGAAGAGGUGAUUGGCUUGCCCCUUCUUGCCCCACCACCACUCUGCUGCCACUCUUGGAGAAGACACUUUCACUAUCCUCACCACCACCACAGGGAAGAAGAUGGGACCCAAAGUAUCACCAGAUUUGCCAGUGGCCACCUUCCCCCUCUCCCCUCAACCAGAAAUGUGGCAGAGGGAAAACUGGAUCCUGCCUAGAGGCGGAUGGCAUCAAGGAACCACCAGUGGGGCUCUGGGCUGGGCCUUUUCUUACAGAAGGGAAGCCGGGGUGCAGUGCUAUCCGUGCCCCCAUUGAAGUGGUGUCUCUUUAGUCCAGCACCACCCUCACCACCACCAAGAGUGAGGAAUGACUUCUAGAGCCAGCUCCUUAGUGUACCGUUGGAGGUGGGGGCCGGAUCCUUACUCUCCCCUUUCCCCCCAUCUCCUGUCAGAGGAGGCCUGGAGGUCCUCUCUGUAGCUGUAGUGUGUGUUAAUAAAGUUGGGGUUUAUUUUCUA